AUGUCGCUCGACUCGUCCCUCGGCGUCCCGAGCGCGCCUGACGAUGCGGUGGUCAUCCCGUCGCCGGCUAUCCUCGGCGAGGAAUCCCAUGUACACGCUCUCGUCAGCCAAUGGGGCCCCGCGGGUGGUGUCGCGCUUGCCGAACCCGACGCUGAUGCCGCGCACGCCGAUGGUCAAGACGGUGCUGCUGGCGCUGCAGUCCCGGUUCAGGCGCGACCUUCAUUCUUUGCCUUGGUCGUGGCCUGGCUUUUGAGCCUGUUCUGCUCGUGGGGAAGAGGACCCGGUGUCGGAUGA